GUUCAUGCACCCUCUUGCCAAGCCUCAGUCUUUGGGAUCUGGGGAGGACGCCUGGUUUUCCUCCCUCUCUCUACUGGGGUCUCCUCCUUACCAGGCCUCCCCUGCCCCCUGGCCUCGCUCCUGGGCUCACACCUGAAGAUGUACUUGCAAAGGGCUCUGGCGAUCCUGGCCCUACUGAACUUGGCCACGGUCAGCUUCUGUCUGUCCACUUGCACCACCUUGGACUUCGGCCACAUCAAGAAGAAGCGGGUGGAAGCCAUUAGGGGACAGAUCUUGAGCAAGCUCAGGCUCACCAGUCCCCCCGAGCCAUCGGUGAUGACCCACGUUCCCUAUCAGGUCCUGGCUCUUUACAACAGUACCCGGGAGUUGUUGGAAGAGAUGCACGGGGAGAGGGAGGAAGGCUGCACUCAGGAGAACACUGAGUCGGAGUACUAUGCCAAAGAGAUCCAUAAAUUCGACAUGAUCCAGGGGCUGGCCGAGCACAAUGAGCUGGGUGUCUGCCCCAAAGGGAUUACCUCUAAGGUUUUUCGCUUCAACGUGUCCUCAGUGGAGAAAAAUGGAACCAAUCUGUUCCGGGCCGAGUUCCGGGUCUUGCGGGUGCCCAACCCCAGCUCCAAGCGCCCCGAGCAGAGAAUCGAGCUCUUCCAGAUCCUGCGACCCGAUGAGCACAUCGCAAAGCAGCGCUAUAUCGGUGGCAAGAAUCUGCCCACCAGGGGCACUGCUGAGUGGCUGUCGUUUGACGUCACUGACACCGUGCGUGAGUGGCUGCUGCGGAGAGAGUCCAACUUGGGUCUGGAAAUCAGCAUUCACUGCCCAUGCCACACCUUUCAGCCCAACGGAGACAUCCUGGAAAAUGUUCACGAGGUGAUGGAGAUCAAAUUCAAAGGAGUGGACAAUGAAGACGACCAUGGCCGGGGAGACCUGGGACGCCUCAAGAAGCAGAAGGAUCACCAUAACCCUCACCUGAUCCUCAUGAUGAUUCCCCCACACCGACUCGACAGCCCGGGCCAGGGUGGGCAGAGGAAGAAGCGGGCGCUGGACACCAAUUACUGCUUCCGCAACCUGGAGGAGAACUGCUGUGUCCGCCCCCUCUACAUCGACUUCCGGCAGGAUCUGGGCUGGAAAUGGGUCCACGAGCCUAAGGGUUACUAUGCCAACUUCUGCUCGGGCCCUUGCCCGUACCUCCGCAGUGCAGACACGACCCAUAGCACGGUGCUGGGACUGUACAACACCCUGAACCCGGAGGCGUCAGCCUCGCCAUGCUGUGUGCCGCAGGACCUGGAGCCCCUGACCAUCCUGUACUAUGUCGGCAGGACCCCCAAGGUGGAGCAGCUGUCCAACAUGGUGGUGAAGUCGUGCAAGUGCAGCUGAGGACAGCCUGCAACAGAGGAGGAAAACUGCCACCACUGACUGCUGCUCCUUGGGAAACCAAAGCGACAGACCUCACUCUAGAGGCCUGGAGCCCGCAAGCCCUGGCUCCCGGCGAAUGGCCGAGAGGGAGGCUUUCCUUCUGGAACAUUUCUUUCUGCUAGCUCUGAGAAUCACUGUGGUAAAGAAAGUGUGGGUUGGUUAGGGGAAGGCAAACUCUUGAGAACAUGGCAUUUCUGUGGUACAGACAGAGGUGGUGGGGUGGAGGAGAAAGGAUGUCGAGGCAUCAUGGUGUGUGGCAGUAGGACGGGGCUACCCUAGGGAGGAGGUUGGGUUGAGUGAGGGUCAGUGAGGGUCAGACUGGAAGGCUCUUCAGAUCUGAGGUCAGCUCUGCUCAUUGAAGUAUCACAUCUGCUCUAAGGGAUCAGGAUGACAUUAGAGGCGGCCGGCAUUUUUCUUCAGACAGGUUACCAAGACAAAGUCCCCCUAGAGUCAGAUCUUGUACUGUCUGGGACUAAGGACAAUCCAAUCUUUUUCGCAAACUGCCCUCUCACACCAGUAUCAUGAAUCAUGACAGAUAAUGCAAUUAGUUUCUGGGCUAGCAACUAGCUAUCUCGGGUCCUCUGGAGAUGCCGAACUCAAAAGCCAAGGUCAGAAUUUGUUCUCUCGAGUCUUCCCUAGGGGCCUCUCCUUUUGCCUUCUUCCUUGGUCGUAUUUCCCCAUGAACAUUUGGCUAGACACCUUCCAGGUAGGUCAGGGUUGGCUCUCUGGAUUGUGGGUCCACACAGCCUGGGGCAUCAGGGAUCAUUUCCCUCUUACCCUCUAAGACUCCAUGCUCCCCUGGGGUUCCUGGAAGCAGGUGCUACAUGCAAAAGUGUCUGGGGAGGCUGCGCGUGUCUGUCGUGAUGACUUGGCCCCAGACGCACAGACUGAGGUAUAAAGACAAACACAAAUAUUACUCUCAAAAUCUUUGUAUAAAUAAAUAUUUUUGGGGAAUCAUGGAUGAUUUCAUCUUCUG